AAGCCCACCCGGACCUUAUCCAAAUUUUACCGCAAGAUGACCUCGACAACAGCCAUGUUUCCGCAACGAUUCAUGUGGCUUGUGAUGAGUGCAGUCCUAUUAACCCUUUCUGGCUCAAUGGUCGUCGAAGCUGCUCCUCCCACCAGUGUUCUACAACCAGAAAAAUUCACGGAGCCUAAUCUUGACCUUAGCUUGUCACUUCCUCGGCACGAUUCGCACGUCGAUACCAACUUGCGACUGGGAUCAAUUUAUCCAACAUCAGCAGAGAGAGUUGGUGCUGAUGAUUCAACCAAGCUUCGUGCCAACGGAGGACGAUACGGUUCCGGCAAUUCUGAGAGAACUCUCAAGGACCCUCGAAUCGACCCAGAAAUGGGCGAGCUUCCCCUAAGCCUUGCACCACCCGGUCCAAGGGCGCUGGUUGCUGCUGGCAAGAGACCCAUGAGCGCUCGACUCCAGUCGGAGAUGGACGCGCCCAAGACCCCAGUUAAUGGAGCGCCCAUCACAUUACAAAGAGUGGAUGGCGAUGAGGCAGGUUCUUCAAGUGCUCCAGCCAAGACUCGAGCCACCGGAGAACGAAUGGCCCAUGUCGACACAAAGCCGAUGGACCCUCCAUUAUACCUAGGAAUGACCGCACAUGAAGCGGGUCUAGCGCCCCAAAAGCCCCGGGAUGGCGCACAAAUAACACAAUCGCGACCUAUUAAUGCCGCUUACCUUCAACCUUCAAGUGACAAAACAGGCCUGUCGGAAGCGCACCCAGUGAAAAUCCAGCAGAACCCUCCAAACUCUGGCCAGAACUUUCACUCACAUCAGUCCUCCCAAUCCAACAGCCCACAAUUCAUUGCUAGCCCUGUACAAUCCAGCCAGCACUCGUUGGUAGGAUAUGACCCCAAGACAAAACUAUAUUACUAUCGAGUCGCCCAAAGGAGCCCCGCGGUCAACACCCCAGUCGCGGUCAAACCCCGUCCCAACGCCGGCCCAUCGAACCCAGACGCUCGCCUCGCGCAACUUACCAGAGAUCCAAAGCCUCUCGGACCCAACGAGAUUCGUCCCCCGCUCACAUACGAACAAAUCAGACACCUUGCGCCCUAUCUAAACGAGCCACAGGCCAAACGUUUCAAGCAGUAUAUGGACGGGAUGAUGGAGCCCGACUCGCCCGGUAUACGCCAGCAAGCUAGCUCCGGAAUCACUUUCAAUCGUCUCGGCUCCGAUGGUACUCGUUCUCCUAAUACAGGCUCUUCUAGUCCACCAACACCUUACUCGAACCUCAAACCUAAUGUUUAGAUUCAUUUCUUGAUAAUUUGUCAACUUUUUUUUCUCAUAA